GUCCCUCCUCCUCCUCCUCUUGCUGUUGUCUCUGCUGAUGUGCGUUUUCUGACAGAUUAUCACAGUCUGUGAAGACAACAGGACUAAGCACUGACUUCUUCCUCCUGUCACACAAGCUUCCAACAGUGAAAUCGUUCCGACCCCAUGAGAGGGUCUUCCGUGUCACAAUGAGAGCCCCCUGUGUGUUCCUACUGCUUUACUCGGCCUUAUCAGGUCCAGGUGUUUCAUGGGUAGAAGCACAAAAUGACACCUGCAACGCCAGCGGCAGCCUUGCACAGCAGCAAUGUGGCCAUGGUUCCGAGUCCACCUCCAAGUUCCUGCAGUGUGCAGGGGUUCCGUCUGGGCCUCUUGCUGGACCCCACCACGUCCAGAACCUUGUGAACCUAAUGGAUGCUGCACUGGAUGUCUACUCUUUCAUGAGGUCCACUCUGAGCCAGGGCCCUGCGCUAGAGGUGUCGGGUGGGAUCCAGCUGACCCCCGAGGGCCUGGUGAGCGACGCGGACGUGCUGAAGGUGUGGCUGGAGGUGAAGAUGAAGCCCCUCCUCUCCUCCGUCUCCCGCCAGUUCCUCCGUUGCCUCGGCAACAAGAACCUCAGCUGCGAGGCCUACCACACUGUGGUUAGUGAGAUGAGCGAGCACUUCUCUGGAAUGGACCCUGUACGGCAGAACUGGAUCUACAUGUUUUUCAUGUACCCCUUCCUGUCUGAUAACAGAACAGCGGGAUGCAUGCACCUGAGCAACGGCACUGAGGACUGGCUGAUGAAGAACUUUGGGUCAUUCUCUGUCAUGGCAACCAUGAAAGAUCUCUCAUCGCUCAACAUGGUCUUCAGUGGGUUGGACGUGCUCCACUUGCUGACUCCAGAGCAGAGGGCGGAGCUGCUCCUGCAGCCGGAGGUGGUGGGGCUGGACGAGGGCGUCCUCACCCUGGUAUUCGACAGCCUGCUGGACCCCCUGCUGCCGGCCCGACCUCCGACCUCACCUACCUCCGCUCCUCGCCCUGACCCGACUGGCUACACGCGCGACUACACGACCUCACCUGGGCCUCACCACACCCAGCACUAUACCACCCCUUACAGGGACCCAGCCAGAGAGGUGGCAAAUGGAUUCAUGUCUGUCUUGACACCCAUGGGAAGCUUUGCCAGGCACAUGGUUUCCUUCACAAAUCAGCACUAUCUCACCACUGUGAAGUGCCACUCUCAUCCAGGCCAUGCUCAACUGGACCUUGGCAGAACUGGCCGCUCCUUACAAGCAGAACAGCACCGCUCCGGACCAGGUGGACUUUGACCCGCUGGACGUGAACGACUGGUUCCAGCAUGUUGUGGUCCGGUUCUGAGACGGUACCUGCCCCAAGACGAGAUGGAGAUCCCGCAGAACAUCACUGU